AUGUGUUACAUUGCAUAUUUGUUGAUUUCAUAUCUUUUGUUCCCUCUAAUAUUAUUGUGUGCUUCAUGCGCUUCAUGCGGAACAGCCAACGAAAAGGAGAGAUACUUCGAAGAUAAUAUGGAUAAAUUUUUAGAGGAAAGUGAAAAACGAAAAGCAGAAUAUGCAACAAUGACUCCUAAUGAUGCUGCCAAAGCAAAGAAGGAAAGAAGGAGACAAUGCGUUCAAAAAAGAUAUAGGGAAGAGCAAGAAAAAUAUGAACAAUUUCUAGGUCAGAGGCAACUACAAACAAAUCAGUCUCAAGAUUUUAAUUCAAACCAGGAACAACCUGGACAGCUCUACGAACCUCUACAGCUAAACAAUCAACAACUGCCUGAUCUGUCUGCUCCGAAUGUUUUUUACCAGUCUCCUCCACAACAAGGAGUAUCACCUAAUUCUCCAUAUUAUAAUCAUUAUUCACAGCAAUCAGGACAACAAUUUCCGCAACAAGAGCAAUCACCAGAUAAUAAUUAG